CCCUUGGGCGCGGCCCGGAGCAGGCGCAGCCCCCACGGACCCAUCCGCGCCGAGAACCAGGACGUGAUGAUGCUGAUGACCUACUCCGUGGUACCGGUCCGCGUGAUGGUGGAUUUGUGUAACAGCACGAAAGGGAUCUGCCUGACUGGCCCCCCUGGACUCCCAGGGCCUCCAGGCGCAGACGGGCCCCCUGGACAGAUCGGGAUGGAAGGAGAGCGCGGUGCUCCAGGCAAGAGGGGCAAAAUAGGGCCGGCCGGGGCCAGGGGAGAGCCCGGGGAGAAAGGCGAGAAGGGAGACCCCGGGGAGCUGGGGUCGACAGGCCCCGCCGGCCCCCGCGGCCAGAAAGGAGACAGAGGAGAGAAAGGGGACCCCGGGGACGUCUCCAACGACGUGCCCACGGCAGGUGCCAAAGGUGAACCGGGACCCCCCGGCCCUCCCGGUCCUCAGGGCCCCCCCGGACUCCCUGGUGGACGACGGUCUAAGGCGCGGUCUCUGCCCAGCGAGUUCAGCAGCCAGUGCUCAGGUGAGGCGUGUGCGGUGCCUAACGACGACACUCUGGAGGGGAAGGAAGAAGAGAAGAAAGCUGGGGACUCCCUCCUCCCGCGGGCAGGGCGUGUGGUCCGCGCCGUCGGAAGCCCGACUCUCAUGGGCAGGAUUGAGCACACGUUUGGGGCCUGGAUGGCGGAGCCAGGGAACAGGAGCGAUGAGCGGAUCUGGGUGACGGAACAUUUCUCAGGCCUCAUCGUCCAAGAGUUCCAGGAUCUGGCUGCAUUGGCCAAUGGCAGCUCCCGGCCCGUCCGGCUGCGCUGGCACUUCCAGGGCUGUGGUCACACCGUGGCAGGUGGCUUCCUCUACUACCACAAAGGCGGCUCCAACUCCAUCGUCAAAUUUGGCCUGGAUAGCGGCUCGCUGGCCACACUCCGGAUGGACCACGCCCUACACUUCGAUCGCAAGUACCUCUUUGUGAACUCCAAGACCUACUUCCGCCUGGCCGUCGACGAGCAGGGCCUUUGGGUCAUCUAUGCCUCCAGUACGGACGCAUCCAGCAUCCUUGUCGCCCGCUUGGACGAGGCCACUUUCUCUGUGCUGCGGCACAUAAAUACCGCCUACCCCCGGGCCAAAGCGGGGAAUGCGUUUGUCGCCCGCGGCAUCCUCUAUGUUACGGACACCAAGGACACCAGGGUCACGUUCGCCUUCGACCUGCUGGAGGAGAGGCAGGUCGAUGCCAGCUUCCAACUGCGGGCGUCUCCGUUGGAGCUGGCCAUGCUGACCUACAGCCCGAGGGAGCAGGGCCUGCUGGCCUGGGAGGGCGGGAACCUCACGCUCUAUCCUGUCCACUUUCUGGCCGAUGGUCUGGUCACAUGAAGCCCUGCGGGCCCAGCCCCUGGGAGGCUCACGGGUUCCCUUUGACCAAAGGCCAGUUCUGACCCAGUCUGACUCCAGAGCUGUAGGAGCUGACUGCAGUCCUGGCCAGUGACUUCCCUGUCCAACUUCCUCUCCCCACUCCUCCAAAAUCGGAAUCCCUUUUGGCACAAACCCAUUCCUUAGAACGGAGCCCCUUCUGACACUUGCUCCCCAGCUCGAAACCUCUCCUGUUUUCUCUCCUGCAGAGCACAUCUAUCAAUGAAGGAACAAAACAGGUCACAACAGUGUCCUGUACCUGAUUCUCCAAUGUGCAGUAGGACCAAAUCCACACUAGCAAAUUAUCUGGAUUAUUGAGGUCAAAAAGGCACUCCGGCUUCAGUUGCCCAGGGAAAUAACGGCUUUUCGGGCACCCAAUUACCUGGAUCCUUUGCUGCAGUGGCCUUGGCCCUUUCUCACCUCCAGGCCACACUAACUCUUUCAGGCCUGGAGGUCACUAAGCACACCAAUUGACCUACAUUUUUUCUGUGCUGAUAACUAAGACUUGCAGAGAAUCUGGCCUCUGAGAAAGAUGGCAGCAAACGUGGCUCCUAGUGGGCCUUGGACUAUACUGAAUUUAGAACCAGUAUAGUAUGCUCUGUCACCCUGCGGUCCCAGAAAAGGCCUUCUGUAAUCCACAGCCACCAUGGCCCUCUGUCCACCCAAGGCUCCACUGUGGUUUGUUAAAUCUCUCCAAGGACCCAGUUGUGCUGCCUGGUUCCUUUCUGUUUUGUACUGGUGGUCUGGCGGUGCCAACAGGAGGGGGACAUGCAAGGCCUGAGGGUGAGGGGAAUGUAUGACCACAGGAACCCACAGCCAGGAGGGCCACUGCGAGAGGCUAAAUACCUCCCCGCCAAAACUAGUUCUUGAAGCAGUCUUCUCCCCGCACCCCCAAAACCCUCUCCAUUGGGCCCACAGCACACUUGUUCUCAACGAAUUUUUCCCAGUAUCCCCCACUCCAUGGCCUGGGCUGGCUCCCUGAACCCACCCCAGUUGGACCUGGGCCAAGCCUCCACAUGGGCCACACAUCUGUCUCCUUCCCCAUACUCUCUUGCUCAAGUAUCUGCUAAGCAGGCCGUGCCUCCAACCUGGAAUUCACCUGUGCCUCCUCUUCCUCCAUCUGCCUGAAGCCUUUCCCAGAUGAGAGCCCUGAACCUGCCCACCCUCUUCCUUCCAGCUCUCCCCAAAGAUUUUCCAUCAUCAGGGAUGCCCCCCUUCUCAACUCCUGCCCCCCUACCCCCGGAAUGACUCAUGGAAGCCUCCAGAGGAUAUGCUGUUCUGUCCCACUCUCUCUGGGCUACUUAGGAAUGGCUCUACCCUGCAUGAUAGUGGCAGGGAAUGGGCUUCAGGGCCCAGUUGAGCCAGGGGGCAGAGGAGAAGCUGGGUCAGUCCCCAACGCAGCCCUACACCCCCUCUUCUGCUUUCUUGCCAAUGGCGGGGAUGCAGUGGGAGGAUAGGAGGGCAGGGAAAUGGUGAGGCUAGUUUGUCUUUAGACUGGGGCUCCUUGUGAGCAGGAAUCGUGUCUACCAACUCACUGUAUUGUAGUUUCCCAAGAGUUCAGUAAAUACCAUUGAUGGAUUGAGGAAGAAGGUGGCGGGAAUAGGCUGAGGGUGUGAAGAGCUGUAAGACUGGAUUUUAGUUUGAAAUAAGGCAAAAGUUGGGGUAGCAGGGCAAGUGGGGGUGGGUUCUCUGAUAAGAGGAUUCAAGGGUCUUCGUAUCCCCUGACAUCCACUCUCGAGCAAGUAGAUUUUUGCAGCCCCUGUAGACUGUAAGCUUGUAAGCUUCUUGUGGGCAAGAAUCACGU